UCAAAUAUGGAGCUACCACUGGCUAUUGUCCUGCUGCUCGGUUGUGCAUCCGUAUCAUCGGUUCAGGGACACGCCUCCGAAUUACCCUCGGGCAUCGAGAGGUGCAAGCUUAUGGACGAGCAUUGCCUGAUAAACGGUAUUAACUAUGUGCUGAGGAACUACGCCAAGAGCGGCAUCAAGGAGCUGAACGUCAUCCCGCUGGAUCCGCUGCACAUCAAGAAGUUCAAGAUUGGCCGCAAUCCGCACAGUCCGGUCAACAUUGAUCUCAGUUUCCGCGACGUGGACCUACUGGGUCUUCAUCAGGGAGUUGCAAGGAAAGCCAGCGGCUUCACAAGUGAUCUCAGCCGAUCCAUUGAGCUGGUCAUGGAUGUGCCCGAAAUCGUGGUAAAAGGACCCUACUCCGUCGACGGCAGAAUACUCAUUUUACCCAUUACAGGCAAGGGAAAUGCUGAGAUCCGGCUGAGCAAGACAAAAGUCCACGCUGUGAUCAAAUUCAGGCCUGUUUCCAAGGGCGAGCACCAGACUUACGCCGAGGUGGUCGACAUCAAGGUUGAGGUGACGCCGCAGCAUGUCACCUAUCACCUGGAGAACCUCUUCAAUGGCCAAAAGGAUCUGAGCGAAAACAUGCACGCCCUCAUCAACGAGAACUGGCAGGACAUCUUCAACGAACUGAAACCGGGCGUCAGCGAGGCCUUCGGACUGAUAGCCAAGUCAGUGCUGGACAGGAUCUUCGGCAAACUGUCGCUGGAACAGCUCUUUAUAGUCUAAUUCCCCUCAGUACAAAGCUUUUAAUGUGAAUAUAUUUAUUUGACUUUCAAAAUACAAAUGCAAAGCAAACAAGUAAUUCACUGGUAAGUUCCUCUCACAAAUUAAAUGUAGUUGCAAAAUAAAUUCAGGCAGGUAGUUUCAUCUCACU